GUGGCGUCAGCGCUGCCCCGCCUCCAGGAAGGAACCUGGGCUGCGAGUGGCUGGCGGUCUCCUAGAGACUAGAGCGGCAGGGAUCAGGAACCGCGGAAACUGGAGAGGUGGCACCCCAGCGAGGGCCACCAUGGGGGACCAGGGGCCGCAGGACCGGCCGAGGUCCCCGGGCAUGGACUCCAAGCCCUGGUACUGUGACAAACAGCCUUCCAAGUGCUUCGCGAAGCGCAAGCACAGGCGCCUGAGGUUCCCGCCCAUGGACCCUCGGAACCGGGUAUUUGUGACGCAGGGCAUGGACGACUUCCGCUACGGCUGUCCGUCUCCCGAAGAUACGCUCGUUUGUCGCUGUGACGAGUUUUUACUCCUCAAAAUAUCUCUCAGAGGUCCCCAAGCUGACCCCAAAAGCAGGAAGAAAAAGCUGCGCAAGAAAGCGGCCCUGUUUUCCAAGCUCUCACGAGCCAAGCCAGCACGGAAGACGUUCGUAGAGGGAGUGGAAGCCCAGCUGACGGCCAAGCCUCCCUUGGCCAUGAACUACAAUCUGGGAGAAGAUAUGCCUCCAGAUCUCCUACUACAGGUGCUGAAACCGCUGGAUCCUGAGAGGAAGCUGGAGGACACAUGCGCUUGUGAGGGCCAGGGGACGAGAACUGACGAACCCAUGGAGCCUGGUAAAUACCCCUGCAGGGAAUUCUCCCCUCGGCCACCUGAGACUCGGGUGUCCUGUCUCCACCCAGAGCCUCCCAAGUCUCCAGUGUCUAGUCUCUGCCCGGAGCCUCCUGAGACUGGAGUGUCCCAUCUCCGCCCAGAGCCUCCUGAGACUCAGGUGUCCAGUCUCCACUUGGAGCCUCCCAAGACUGGAGUGUCCAGUCUCCUCCCGGAGCCUCCCGAGACUCAGGUGUUCAGUCUCCACCUGGAGCCUCCCAAGACUGGAGUGUCCAAUCUCCUCCCGGAGCCUCCUGAGACUGGAGUGUGUCAUCUCUGCCCAGAGCCUCCCAAGACUAGCGUAUCUCGUCUCCACCCGGAGCCUCCUGUGACUGGAGUGCCUGAUCUCUGCCCGGAGCCUCCCAAGACAGGCGUAUCUCAUGGCCCAGAGCCUCCUGAGACUGGAGUGUCCCAUCUCCACCCAGAGCCUCCCAAGACUCGGGUGUCCAGUCUCCACCCGGAGCCUCCCGAGACUGGAGUGUCUCAUCUCCGCCCAGAGCCUCCCAAGACUCGCGUACCUCCUCUCCGCCCAGAGCCUCCCGAGAAUGGAGCGUCUCUUCUCUCCCCGGAGCCUGCCAAGACUCGCGUAUCUAAUCUCCGCCCGGAGCCUCCUGAGACUGGAGUGUCCCAUCUCCGCCCAGAGCCUCCCAAGACUCGGGUGUCCAGUCUCCGCCGGGAGCCUCCUGAGACUGGAGUGUCCCAUCUCCGCCCAGGGCCUCCCAAGACUCGGGUGUCCAGUCUCCGCCCAGAGCCUCCUGAGACUGGAGUGUCCCAUCUCCGCCCAGAGCCUCCCAAGACUCCGGUGUCCAGUCUCCGCCCAGAGCCUCCCGAGACUGGAGUGUCCCAUCUCCGCCCAGAGCCUCCCAAGACUCGCGUAUCUCAUCUCCCUCCGGAGCCUCCUGAGACUGGAGUGUCCCAUCUCCGCCCAGAGCCUCCCAAGACUCGGGUGUCCAGUCUCCGCCGGGAGCCUCCUGAGACUGGAGCGUCCCAUCUCCGCCCAGAGCCUCCCAAGACUCGGGUGUCCAGUCUCCGCCGGGAGCCUCCUAACACUGGAGUGUCCCAUCUCCGCCCAGGGCCUCCCAAGACUCGGGUGUCCAGUCUCCGCCGGGAGCCUCCUGAGACUGGAGCGUCCCAUCUCCGCCCAGAGCCUCCCAAGACUCGGGUGUCCCGUCUCCGCCCAGAGCCUCCUGAGACUGGAGCGUCCCGUCUCCGCCCAGAGCCUCCCAAGACUCGGGUGUCCCGUCUCCGCCCAGAGCCUCCUGAGACUGGAGUGUCCGAUCUCCGCCCGGAGCCUCCAGAAACUUGCGUAUCUCAUCUCCGCCUGGAGCCUCCAGACACUGGAGUGUCCCAUCUCUGCCCGGAGCCCCCCAAGAUACGCGUAUCUCAUCUCUGCCCAGAGUCUCCUGAAACUGGAGCGUCCCAUCUCCGCCCAGAGCCUCCCAAGACUCCGAUGUACAGUCUCCACCUGGAGCCUCCCGAGAAUGGAGUGUCCCAUCCCUGCCCAGAGUCUCCCAAGACUCGGGUGUCCAGUCUCCACCCAGAGCCUCUUGAGACUGGAGCGUCCCAUCUCCGCCCAGAGCCUCCCAAGACUCAGGUGUCCAGUGUCCGCCCGGAGCCUCCCGAAACUAGAGUGUCCCAUCUCCGCCCGGAGCCUUCUGAGACUGGAGUGUCCCAUCUCCGCCCAGAGCCUCCCAAGACUCCGGUGUCCAGUCUCCGCCCAGAGCCUCCUGAAACUGGAGUGUCCCAUCUCUGUCCGGAGUCUCCCGAGACUCACGUAUCUCAUCUCUGCCCGGAGCCUCCCGAGACUGGAGUAUCCCAUCUCAGCCCGGAAACUCCCAACACUCGUCGGGUGUCCAGUUUCCUACUACAGGUCCUGAAAGUGGAUUCUGAGAGGAAGCCGGAAGACACAUGGGCUCGUUGCGAGGGUCGGGAGACAACAACCGAGGAACCCACCGAGCCUAGUAAAUACCUUUGUGGGGAAUCCAACCCGCGGCCUUUCGAGAGUCGGGUGUCCCAUCUCCCACUGGUGCCUCCCAAGACUCGUCGGGUGUCCAAACUCCGCCCAGAGCCUCCCAAGACUCGUCGGGUGUCCAGUUUCCGCCCGGAGCCUCCCAGGACUCGUCGAGUGUCCAGUCUCCGCCUGGAGCCUCUCAAGACUCGUCGAGUGUCCAGUCUCUGCCCAGAGACUACCAAGACUGGAGUAUCCCAUCUAAAAGAACUGUUUCAGGAAGAUACACCAAACACAACGGAGUGUGUUUCUGACUCUCUUCAACAUAGAUACACAUCGAGAAAACUCCGUGACUUCAAGUGGGCAGGAGACCUGGGAGUUGAUGAAGAAUCCAUCAGCAGUCUGUUUGACUUUACCCCUGAGUGCAAAGCAGACUAUCAAGACCAAAAGUUUAAGACGGUAAAUGAGUGUUCCUCAGGGCUGAAGUGCAGCAUGGAGCUAGAUGACAUGGAUGAGGUCAAAUUCUUCUCACAGAAAAAAGACUUGGACGGGAAAAUCCACACUGCAUCGAAUUCUUAUAGUGCAGAGCAUGUGAACAUGGGAUAUGGAGCAUGGUACCUCAAGCCUAAGUUGGGACAAAAGCUAAGAAGUGAUGAACCGUUGAAUGACCCCAAGCUCCUACUUGAAAAGCCUGAUGAACCCGACAUUCUUGACGGUCUUUAUGGACCAAUUGCCUUUAAGGAUUUUAUAUUAAGCAAGGGCUACGAAAUGCCUGGCAUCAUUCAAAGGCUGUUUGCCAGGAAUGGAUGGACUUAUGACUCUGUUAAGACUCCUAUUCAACGUGCAAUGCAAGUUUACAAGUACGAAGAAGACGUCACAGAUGCAUCGGAAGAAGAUUAGAUGGUUUUCAAUUUACUACUUAAUUGGGUAUUUCUUGCUCUCAUUUUAAACAUCAAUCAGAAUUUAUGAUGACUAGCCCCGUGAAUGUACAAUGAUGGCAACAUCUGUAACUUCACUACCUAAUGUUUAUAAAGAUUUCUUAAUGA